UAUAUCUCUUAGGUGUCAUGCAUCCACAAAUUAUCCGAUUAUCUUGUAAGAAUUCCAAGUUGCAAAACAGAGAGCUCUGCAGAAGUAGAAAAUGAUGCAUACUCAUCUACAACAGAAUUCAGCUCACGAUGAAUCGAAACGUGAACAAGAACAACAGUUAAAGGCUUUUGAUGACACUAAAGCUGGUGUGAAGGGACUAGUUGAUGCUGGCAUCACAACAAUCCCUCAGAUUUUCAUUGCACCACCAACUGAUGGCAGCAAAACAUCAGCAUCUCCUUCCACUCACUCCCACUUCCAGAUUCCGAUCAUAGACCUUGAAAACCUGCAAGGACAUGUUGCUGAGCGGAAAGAUAUAGUUAAAAAGGUUCAGGUAGCCUCUGAAACAUGUGGUUUUUUUCAGGUUGUGAAUCAUGGGAUCCCAAAGGAAAUCCUUCAUGAGAUGAUUGAAGGAGUCUGCAGAUUUCAUGAACAGCCACUUGAUGUGAAAAAGGAGUUUUUCAACCGUGAUUUUUCAAAGAAAAUGAGAUUCAAUAGUAACUUUGACUUGUAUCAGUCAAAGGUAGCAAACUGGAGAGAUAGUUUCUUUUGUACCAUGGCUCCAGACCCUCCAGAACCUGAAGAAUUGCCUUCAAUUUGCAGGGAUAUCACAUUUCUCUACUCAGAUCAUGUUAAGAGGUUGGGACUUACCUUGUUGGAGUUGCUAUCAGAGGCUCUGGGGCUUAAACCCAAACACCUGGAAGAAAUGGAAUGUGAUAAAGGACAUUCCUUGGUCUGUCACUACUACCCAGCAUGCCCUGAACCUGAUAGAACAAUUGGAACCACAGAACACUCUGACCCUGAUUUCUUCACUAUCCUUCUUCAAGAUCAUAUUGGUGGUCUUCAAGUUCUUUACCAAAAUCAAUGGGUUGAUGUGAAGCCUGUGGAUGGAGCUUUAGUUAUUAAUCUUGGAGACAUUCUCCAGCUUAUUUCUAAUGAUAAAUUCAAGAGUGCAAGGCACAGAGUUUUAGCAAACAAGGUAGGUCCAAGGAUAUCAGUAGCAUGUUUCUUCAGCACUCAUUUUCAACCAUGUAAUCGGGUUUAUGGCCCCAUAAAGGAGUUGCUGUCUGAAGAGAAUCCUCCUCUAUACAAGGAAACAACUGUGAGAGAUUAUGUUGCCCAUUACCAUUCAAAAGGGCUUGCCACAAGCACCCCUCCACUUGAGGAUUUCAGGUGUUGAGGUAGCAGUAUGUUCAGAACUACUGCAGAAUAAUCUUCUACUUUAGCUUUGUAAGCACUGUUCUUGUGAAAACAUAGCUCUUUCAAUGUUUGUGUUGUUGUUUGUCAGACCAAUUGAGGUAACCCAAUAUUCUGUUGCCUUGUGUAUUUUAUUGGUUGUAUUGUAUGAUAUUUGACAGAGAACAUUUCAUGCAAGAAUUGCUCUGUUCUUAAUA